AUGGCCACGACUUCCUUCCGGGAUUCCGUGAACUCAUUGGGAUGGUCUCGGAGAGAUCCAGAUCUACCGGCGCGUACCAACUCGUCAAAUGCUCCUUUCCUAUCACGGUUGCAAUCUUGGAAUCCAUUUGGGCAAGGGGAGGGCUAUCUGCAGCUGCCCACUCAUGAAGCUCCAGGAGCUCCUCUGCCAGCCCCGACGCGACGGGAAGAAGAAGAUAGUUUCUUUGCUUUAAGCCGAUGGGACCGGAUGCUCAUUUUCAUUGCGUGCAACCUGGGUGCUGCCGUCUGCUUCCUUAUUUGCUUUUUCCUCUUUCCAGUCCUGUCGCUCAAACCCCGCAAAUUUGCUAUCUUAUGGUCCGUCGGUUCUUUGCUAUUCUUACUAUCAUGGGCGGUCCUCAUGGGACCUAUGGUCUAUGCCAGACAUUUGGUCUCGGGAUCACGACUGCCAUUCACGGCCGCCUAUUUCGGUUCGAUCGCCAUGACCCUCUACUUUGCUAUUGGGCUUCAUUCCACCUUGUUGACCCUGAUCUCGUCGAUCUUCCAGCUCGCCGCUCUGCUUUGGUAUCUUGUCAGCUACUUCCCAAUGGGUAGCACUGGUUUGCAAUUCAUGGGACGAUUUGGCGCGCAGCGUGUCACGGCAUGGAUGACCAGCUGA